UUCCACUAUGGUUGCAGGCCGUCUCGUUGCAUGUCGGCGAUUAAUUUGCCUGAUGUCCUGUUGUUUUCUUGCGUAUAUCCAAUUGCGCGUAUCCAAGUCUCCCUCUCGCAUUGCCCAGGUGACAUAGCCAUCCCUUUUGCUCAAGAUUACUUUGUCGAUCGCCGAAACAGCAUCCCACCAAGCCCCACCUUCCCCUGAACGCAUCUAGCGGUAAUCGUCAAAAUCAUGGCCGAAUCAAUUCCCAAGACGCAAACUGCAGGUUGGAUCCAAGAUCCCGGCCCUGAUUGCGUCCUCCAGAUCCGAAACGAUGUCCAAGUCCAGACCCCUUCCACCGGCGAACUCCUCGUAAAACUCGAAUACAGCGGGAUAUGUCACAGCGACUGCCACAACCUGGUCUCCCCUGGCAAAUACACUGAGGUGCCUGGUCAUGAAGGCGUCGGCACUGUCGUAUCACUUGGCCAGGGUGUAUCAGAAGACCUGCUAGGAAAGAGGGUGGGCAUAAAGUGGCUUUGGAACGCGUGCAAGGAGUGCAGUAGCUGUAAACAGGGCAAGGAGAACCACUGUGCCAAGCAGAAGAACACUGGACGGAGUGUUUGGGGUACAUUGCAGCAGUAUGUGGUUGCGGAUGCCAAAUUCGUGACCAAGAUACCAGAGGGAGUCAAGAGCGAGAUUGCGGCGCCACUACUCUGUGCAGGCCUGAGUCUUGCGGGCGCCGUGUCCAAACUCACUCCAGAGGUCAACUCAGGCGACUUUGUGGCUAUCAUCGGUGCUGGGGGUGGUCUUGGACAUAUCGGUGUGCAGAUUGCUACCAUCAAGGGAUACAAAGUCAUCGCGAUUGACAGCGGAGCCGAGAAGGAGAAGCUGACCAAGGAAAUGGGUGCCGUCGCCUUUGUCGACUACGCCAAGCAGGAUGUGUUACAAGCAGUCAGGGACCUCACAAAUGGUGAAGGUGCGCAUGGCGUCAUCUGCGUCGCUGGAAGCGAAAGAGCCUAUCAGCAAGCUCCAGCGUUGGCGAGGAAUAGUGGCGUCUUCGUUUGUGUUGGACUUCCGCCGGACACGUUCAUGUUUCCCAUGUCUCCGAUUCACAUCGCUAACAGAGGGUUGGUCAUUAGAGGAUCGUCAACAGGCAGCGCUAAGCAGAUGGACGAGCUUCUACAAAUGGCUUUGGAAGGCAAGAUCACACCAAAAGUCGAAGUAUACGACUUUGCCGACUCUCCAAAGAUUUUGCAGGAAUUGCAACGUUACGAGGUUACUGGUAGGAAGGUAGUACGGGCACCAUAAGAGCGUGACUGGUUCUGCUCAAGCUCAGCAGUUGGGAGCAUGCAAUAGGGUGAUGUUAUCAUCCAUAUGCGGUGACGUUGAAGUGAUGCAUGGAACGGGGUCAAGGAUGUGUACGUGGGGACUUGGGUGUACAGUAUGUAGAAUAUCUACG